AUGCCCUGGUCCCUGCUCAGGGUGGCUGUGGUGUGCAGAAGCCAUGUGAACCGCAGCAUGGAUGCCCACAGCCUCCUCCGCAAGAGAGGCUUCCGCGUCCAGUCUUACGGAGUCGGAUCUCGGGUGAAGAUCCCAGGACCCUCUCUCAAUCGCCGGGUGAGCUACGACUUCUCCACGACGUAGAAGCAGAUGUACGAGGACCUUUGCAGGAACGACCAGGAACGCUACCGCAGGAACGGAAUCCUGCACCUCCUGGGGAGAAACGAGGAGAUCAAGCCGCGCCCCGAAAGGUUUCAGGAGUGCAGCGACCCCUUCGACGUCAUCUACACCUGCGAGGAGAGUGUCUAUGACCGCGUGGUGCAGGAGCUGUGGGCCAGGGAGCAGGCGACCCUCCAGCCCAUGCACGUGGUCAACGUGGCCAUUGCCCACACCUUGGAGGACGCCACCCUCGGGGCUUUUCUCAUCUGCGAGCUGUGCCAGAGCCUCCAGCGCGCUGGCGACAUGGACAGUCUGGGUCAGCUGCUGCUGGCGGCAGAGGAGAAAACAGGACAGAGCUUUCUUCCCAAGGUCUGCAUCUACUGA